AUGCCUUCUGCUCAACCUUCUACCCCACCUCCCUCCAUUCGAGGUGGACAUGAGAAAGCUCGACCACGUUCCACUCAGCCCUUCACGUAUUCAGGUUCUCUCGACUCGUAUGAGCACAAUGACUCUACUCCUUCCAUUGGCAGAGAGAUUCCAGGCCUUCAAAUUAAGAAAAUCUUGGCCUCUCCCGACGCGGACACAUUGAUUCGAGAUCUGGCAAUCACUGUCUCCGAGCGCGGUGUGGGUUUUCUGAGAGACCAAGACGUCACCACCCAAGAGCUUAUCAGUCUUGGUCAGAAAUUAUCAACACUUACUGGCAGCCCCGAGUCAUCAGGACUUCACAUCCAUCCCAUCACUGAAGCAGGCAGCGAGCUUGGCGAUCAGAUCAGUGUCAUCAGUAGCGUGAAAAAGCAGAAGGGUGAAGCUCCUGUGAACCCGCUCACAGAGCCAAGCAAGUUUGCUAGCAACGGUUGGCACGCGGACAUCACGUUUGAGCCUGUUCCAUCUGACUAUACUAUGUUGAAGAUCCACACAUUGCCUCCCACUGGCGGAGAUACUUUGUGGGCUUCCGGAUACGAAAUCUAUGAUCGACUUUCUCCAGCCACUGCUGCUUACCUUGAAGGAUUGACAGCAAUCCACGACGCAAACUUCUUCAAUGGAAUCGCAGAGCGUCUGGGCCAUCCUCUCCGUGAAGGAGUUCGAGGUUCGGAGCUGAACCAGGGCAAGAAUCUUCAGACCGUCCACCCUGUCAUUCGUACCAAUCCAUUCACCAAGCGCAUUGUUGAACUGACAAAGGACGAAUCAGAUGUGAUCCUAAAGUAUCUCUUCGAUCUCGUAUCCCAAAACCACGAAAACCAAGUACGGUUCAAGUGGCGCAAGAAUGAUGUUGCAAUCUGGGACAAUCGAUCGAACUGGCACGCGGCGACUUUUGAUUACAACGAGGUACGGAUUGGAGAUAGAGUUGUUUCGUUGGGAGAAGCGCCGUACUACGAUCCAGCUUCCACAUCAAGAAAGGCUGCCUUGGCAAAAAGGGAGUUGCCAGUCAGCAGUGCAGCAUGA